CCUUACCAAGUUAAUAUAAUAUAAUAUUCAUCAGUGUUUCCGCAUACCCACUUCAAAUCGGACUUAUAUUCAUCUGGGUUUUCAUUGAUUUUGAUCGAGGGAUUCAUAAAUUUCAUCGAAAGCUUUUUUUCGUUUGAGGGAGGGAUCAUCACCAUCAUCAUCAUCAUCAUCAUCAUCAAGAAUGAGGAAGAGGGAGAGAGAAAACCCAUGUGGGAUUUGUGGGCACUACCACAAAUACGAAGAGGGUGAAGUUUGUGGGAUUUGUGGUCAUCGUAUGCCGGUGGGAGUUGAAAAAACUUUGAUUCAAGUUAGCGCUUUUCCAUCGGAAAUCUUGCAGGGGUUUCUGUAUCUUGGUAGCUAUGACAACGCUUCUCGUUCAGAACUGCUCAAAACACUUGGGAUUUCUCGAGUUCUUAAUACAGUACCAGCCUGUCAGAAUCUAUACAAAAACUCGUUUACUUAUCAUUGCCUCCCAGAUAGCCCAACUCUAGCGUUUAAUGAUGCAGUUGAGUUUCUCGAGCAAUGUGAAAAGGAUAAAGCUCGAGUUCUUGUUCACUGCAUGUCAGGAAAAAACAGAUCGCCGGCUGUUGUUAUGGCAUACUUGAUGAAAAGCAGAAGAUGGACUCUUGAUCAGAGUUACCAAUGGGUGAAAGAAUACAGACCGUCUGUCGACUUAAAUCCAGCUGUCUUGCAGCAACUACAAGAGUAUGCACAGAACCUUCAGGUGGCUGUGGAGGCCAGCGGUGUUGCUCUGCCGCCGGUCCCGGUUGGUGGAGCCGCCCCCUUCAGCUUUGGCUUUACAAACCCAACCAGUGUUCCUCCGCCCUUCCCGGCUUUCAACACCCCUGCAACCGCCUCCAUUUUCACUCGUGCAGACAUCCCUCCGCCAAAUGAGUUCACUUUUGGAGCUGCUGUUCAGACUCAGAACACGCCGCAAAAUCUCGUCUCGUCUGGGACAAGUUCUGUGAAUCCGAAUGCUACGGAUGUAUCCAUGGAUGGAUCUUGAAUGAGUUGAAAUCUUUGUUGUUUUUUCUGUGUUUCUUGGAUUUGGGUUAUUUAUGCAAAUCUUUUAAGAAAGCCAAGAAUCAUAUGUUGAGUUUGAUGAUGACCCAAGGUGUCAGCUGAAUGUAAAUGGUGGAUGAAAAGCUUUUGGCUUGUUAGACCUCACAGCCUUAGAUGGCUAACAUACAAUUUAUUAGGGGUUUACCCUGCUUUUAAGCCUA